AUUUAUUCUAUAUUUUCAGAGUGGAAUGCUUGCAAGGUUUGCAGGCUGGCAAUGGAGUUAAGUAGCCGGCUGGAAAAUGGGAAGCGGUUCAAGUAUGACAAUAAGGAAAAUAAGAUAAACGGAAAGGAUUCAGAGAUGGGAGGACAUUGGGCUUUUUUAGAAUAUGAGGACUUUACCCACACUGGCCUAGGGUUAGAAACAUAUACGGAUGGUGUUCAGCAUCCCUUGGAGCUUAGGAAAAUUCUUAUUGGAGACCUUUCCCAGGAAAUGUCAGUUUCAUUUCGACUAAAUCACGAGGAAAACUUUAAAGCACUGGUUCAUCCUAAUUGCGGAAGGCACGGAGUCGAGAUAUUUGAUUCGUCUGGUCGAGUUGUUUCAAGCUUUGGUCAUCAGCAAGCUAAACUCCAUGAGAGUGGAAUAAUUAAUCCAUUUCUGGGCGGACUAUGGGAUACUGAUGACCUUAGCCCCGAGUCCAUGAAGGGUGGCGAGGAGGUGGAUCCGCUCAGGACUAUUUCAGCUUACAGGCGACCUGGACGACCUCCCGGUCAGCAAGGAACCUAUGAUCCUGAAUCUGGCACCAUUCGGUUUAUUUGCAGGUUAUUUUGCGGCGCUAGUUUAGCAUCAGCCAAGGGAAGAAGGAAACAUGAGAAAAAACAUUGUCCAAAUGUACCUAAGGACCCAUUCGGAGGAUUUCCAAUGUUUUACUCCCCCAACAAACUACUAGGACAUUCCUUGUUUGGAGCAAAAAUUCCUGUUAAGAAGCAAGAAUGGUUCGAAUGCAGGAUUUGUGGUAAAAUUCUGAAAACCUACGAGGGAAGACGACUCCAUGAAAAGACUCAACAUCUUCCAAAAAAGAUCCCUCCGUUUGAGAAUAAUAAUAUAGAAGGAAAGGGAAAAGAGAAAACUCAGGCUCUUGACUCUAUCCCUACCAAACAACUCGGACAGGAGAAGUUCAAAGAACUGAUAAAAGUCGAGGAUGAUGAUGAUGAUGACGAUGACGACGAUGACGAUGAUGAUGACGAAGAAGAAGAGGAGGAAAGAGAGCAUGGUAAAGAAGAAGGAGUAGUAGAGCAAGUAGGAGGAGUAGGAGAUGUGUGAAACUAUUUUGUCACGAAAAAAGUUAAAACGAACUUUUUUCCAUUUUUGAGCUUGCUUUGGACAAAACCAAAUAUUGUCGGAAAACCGUAAAUACCAAAUUUUGGGUCUCGGGAAAUAUUUAUAUGUUAUUAAACGCAGUUUAUUUAGAUUGACCAUCGUGCUGGCCCCUCUCCCUCCCCCCUCCCUUUCCAGUGUGGAUUCCCCCCCUUUUCGGCGAGAACGCCCCUUCUCCUCUGCCCACCCCCCCCUUCAUUUUGUGCGUACCUUUCAAUCUACGCAUUACACACAAAAUUUGAAUAAUUGUGAAUGUUCUCAUUUAGUUCCUAGCACUCAAUGGAAUCCAUCAUUUUGUUCAUUUUCAAGAAAACAAAAUUUACACUUAGGUUAACAAUUUAGUUAUUUAAAGUUACCAAUAUUUAGUCAUUAUACCUGUGUUAAAUUCAUGUUUAAUUAUAUAUAUCUAUAUGUAUACACUAAAGAGCAUCUUAAUUAAAGUAAAUUUACAUACAUUUUUCAAUGAUUUUAGUCCUUGAGAAGUUUACAGUUAUUGCUGGUAAACCCAAAUUCAUUUUAUGAAACGAAAAUUUUUGCUAUAUUCGAAUUGAAUGUCUAUUUUUGAGCAGGGUUACAGCAAAAUUCAAUGAUAAUUUUUUCAAGAAUUUUUUAAAAAGAAAGUAGACGUUGGAAUUUUUGUCAAUGGGAGGGACCUAAAUUUAGCGCCAACCACCUUUUGGAGUCGUAAAAUUCCCACACACGACCCUGCUUCCAUGUUAGUCAGUAAACUAGUUGUCUAAUUGUAUAUUUGAAUGUCUGUAUUGUUUUCAUAUCUGUAUAUUUUUACAAAGGUGUCUGGUGAUUCGAUACCUUACAUUAAUGAUUGUGGUGUUUUCAGA